GGGGGGCGGGCCGGUGGGUGGGAGCGAGGGGGAGGAGCGCGCGCGGCGGGCGCCCCUCUGGCUCCGUGCGAGGGAGCCGCGGAGCCCGGCGCUGGGACCGGCCCGCGAUGGAGUGAGCGCGGCCGCUCGCUCGCUCGCUCCCUCCCUGCCCGCUCGGCGGCCGCGCUCCGGGGAGGCCGCGCGUCCCCCCCUCCCCGCCGGGCUCCCGGCGCCCGCUGAGGACCAGCCCCCUGCGCAGGGUGCCGCAGGGGCGCAGCGCGGCGGCCGAGGAGCGCGGAGCGCGGCCGGGGCGGCCGGCAGGCAGGAGCAGCCCCCGGGGGAGGGGCCGGCGCUGGGUGCCCGGCUGCCGGGCGCGGGGAGCGGAGCGAUGGCGGCGGGGAGAGCCCGGCGGCUGCUCGGCUCCCUCUGGAUCGCCCUCCUGCUCCUCGGGCAGCCGGGCCCGGCCGGCGCCGCCGCGCGCAGCAGCUCGCAGAGCCUCCUCGCAGGAUCUGCUGUGAGGACCUUCACUCCUUUCCACUUUCUGGUGGAGCCAACGGACGUUCUGUCAGUCCGCGGCGCUUCCGUCGUCAUGAACUGCUCAGCUUAUUGUGAGACUUCACCAAAAAUUGAAUGGAAAAAAGAUGGGACUUUCCUAAACUUGGUGUCGGAUGACCGUCGGCACUUGCUACCGGAUGGAUCUUUAUUAAUAAACAGUGUGGUGCAUUCCAAACACAAUAAACCCGAUGAAGGAUAUUAUCAAUGUGUGGCGACUGUGGAUAGCCUAGGGACCAUUGUAAGCAGAACAGCAAAGCUCACAGUAGCGGGUCUUCCCAGGUUCACCAGUCAGCCAGAAUCAUCAUCUGUCUACAGAGGAAGCAGUGCAAUCCUUAACUGUGAAGUCAAUGUUGACCUUGCACCAUUCGUGAGGUGGGAGCAGGACCGUCAGCCAGUCUUUCUGGAUGAUCGCGUGUUUAAAUUACCAAGUGGAGCGCUAAUUAUUAGCAAUGCUACUGAUACGGAUGGAGGACUGUAUCGUUGCAUUAUUGAAAGUGGUGGGACCCCCAAAUACAGCGAAGAGGCAGAGCUCAAAGUUCUUCCAGAUCCAGAGGUGCCGCGGAACUUGAUGUUUCUGAGGCAGCCGUCUUCUCUCACUAAAGUUACGGGGCAAAGUGCAGUUUUCCCAUGUGUUGCGGUAGGAUUUCCAACGCCGUAUAUCAGGUGGACAAGGAAUGAAGAAGAGCUCAUCACAGAAGGCUAUGAAAGACUUCUUUUACUUGCGGGAGGGAGCCUGGAGAUCCGUGAGGUUGCGGAGGACGACGCUGGGACGUAUUCCUGCAUAGCCGACGCCGGGAACGAGACGGUCGAAGCUCAGGCAGAGCUUUCGGUUCAAGUUCCUCCGGAGUUUCUGAAGCGGCCUGCGAAUAUAUAUGCGCAUGAAUCUAUGGACAUUGUGUUUGAGUGCGAGGUGACAGGGAAACCUACUCCGACUGUGAAAUGGGUCAAGAAUGGCGACAUGGUGAUCCCGAGCGACUACUUCAAAAUUGUUAAAGAACAUAAUCUGCAAGUUUUGGGUCUGGUGAAAUCAGACGAGGGAUUCUAUCAGUGCAUUGCAGAAAAUGAUGUUGGAAACGCACAGGCUGGAGCCCAGCUGAUAAUACUUGACCUUGAUGUUGCCAUCCCAACAUUACCUCCCACUUCACUGACCAGUGCCACUAAUGACCAUCUAGCACCAGCAACAACUGGACCAUUGCCUUCAGCCCCGCGGGAUGUUGUGGCCACCCUCGUCUCCACUCGCUUCAUCAGACUGACGUGGCGGACGCCCGCAUCAGACCCUCAAGGGGACAACCUCACCUAUUCAAUCUUCUACACCAAGGAAGGUAUAAACAGGGAACGUGUCGAAAACACAAGUCGUCCUGGAGAGAUGCAAGUGACGAUCCAAAACCUGAUGCCGGAAACAGUUUAUGUCUUCAGAGUUGUGGCUCAAAACAAGCACGGCCCCGGAGAGAGCUCGGUGCCCCUGAAGGUGGCAACCCAGCCCGAGGUUCAGCUUCCUGGUCCAGCACCCAAUAUCCGAGCAUAUGCCAGCUCCCCCACGUCGGUCACUGUCACAUGGGAAACGCCGUUGUCUGGCAAUGGCGAAAUCCAGAACUACAAGCUCUACUACAUGGAGAAGGGCCAGGACAACGAGCAGGAUGUUGAUGUAGGAGGCCUUUCCUAUACCAUUAACGGAUUAAAGAAGUAUACAGAGUAUAGUUUCCGAGUGGUCGCUUACAAUAAACACGGUCCUGGAGUCUCUACCCAAGAUGUUGUUGUACGAACACUGUCAGACGUCCCCAGCGCUCCACCACAGAAUCUCACCCUGGAGGUGCGCAAUUCCAAGAGCAUCAUGCUGCAGUGGCAGCCUCCGCCUCCAGGAACACACAGCGGACAAAUCACCGGCUACAAAAUUCGCUACCGUAAAGUGUCCCGUAAGAGCGAUGUAACAGAGAGCAUUGGUGGGACACAGCUUUUUCAGCUAAUUGAAGGUCUCGAACGUGGUACAGAGUACAGCUUCCGCGUAGCUGCCUUGACUGUUAACGGCACUGGACCGGCUACUGACUGGAUAUCGGCAGAAACGUUUGAGAGUGAUCUAGAUGAAACUCGUGUUCCCGAAGUUCCAAGUUCCUUGCACGUCCGCCCACUUGUCACCAGUAUCGUAGUAAGCUGGACUCCUCCUGAAAACCAGAACAUUGUGGUAAGAGGAUAUGCUAUAGGGUACGGCAUUGGCAGCCCCCACGCGCAGACCAUCAAGGUGGACUAUAAACAGAGAUAUUACACCAUUGAGAACUUAGACCCCAGCUCCCACUACGUCAUAACUCUGAAAGCGUUUAACAACGUCGGUGAAGGAAUCCCUCUGUAUGAGAGCGCGGUGACCAGGCCUCACUCAGACACUUCCGAGGUUGAUUUGUUUGUUAUUAAUGCUCCAUACACUCCAGUGCCAGAUCCGUCUCCCAUGAUGCCACCGGUGGGAGUUCAGGCUUCCAUCCUGAGUCAUGACACCAUCAGGAUCACUUGGGCAGACAACUCUCUGCCAAAGAACCAGAAGAUCACAGAUGCUCGCUACUACACAGUUCGCUGGAAAACCAAUAUUCCUGCAAAUACGAAGUACAAGACUGCAAAUGCAACCACUUUGAGCUAUUUAGUGACCGGGUUAAAACCAAAUACCUUGUACGAAUUCUCUGUGAUGGUGACGAAAGGGCGACGAUCGAGUACCUGGAGUAUGACAGCACAUGGGACAACUUUUGAAUUAGUUCCUACUUCUCCUCCUAAAGAUGUAACUGUGGUGAGCAAGGAGGGAAAACCUCGGACAAUAAUUGUAAACUGGCAGCCUCCGUCUGAAGCCAAUGGCAAAAUUACAGGAUACAUCAUUUACUACAGUACAGAUGUGAAUGCUGAAAUACAUGAUUGGGUUAUUGAACCUGUCGUGGGAAACAGACUGACCCAUCAGAUACAAGAAUUAACCCUUGAUACACCCUAUUAUUUCAAAAUCCAGGCUCGCAACUCCAAGGGCAUGGGGCCUAUGUCUGAGGCAGUUCAGUUCAGAACCCCGAAAGCUGAAUCCUCAGAUAAAAUGCCUAAUGAUCAAGCUUCAGGAUCUGCAGGAAAAGGAAGCCGCCCAGUGGACCUAGGGCCAGAUUACAAACCACCGCUCGGUGGCAGUAACAGUCCCCACGGAAGUCCUACCUCUCCCUUGGAUAGCAACAUGCUUCUUGUCAUCAUAGUGUCUGUUGGAGUGAUUACCAUUGUGAUAGUGGUGAUAGUUGCUGUCUUCUGCACUCGUCGUACUACUUCUCACCAGAAAAAGAAACGAGCUGCCUGCAAAUCAGUGAACGGGUCCCAUAAGUACAAAGGAAACUCCAAAGAUGUCAAGCCUCCUGACCUUUGGAUCCAUCAUGAAAGACUGGAGCUAAAACCCAUUGAUAAAUCUCCAGAUCCCAAUCCAAUCAUGACAGAUACCCCAAUCCCUCGCAACUCCCAGGACAUCACCCCAGUUGACAAUUCCAUGGAUAGCAAUAUCCAUCAAAGGCGGAAUUCCUACAGAGGGCAUGAGUCAGAGGAUAGCAUGUCCACACUGGCAGGAAGAAGGGGGAUGAGGCCCAAGAUGAUGAUGCCUUUUGAUUCUCAGCCACCUCAGCCUGUGAUUAGUGCUCAUCCCAUCCAUUCACUCGAUAACCCUCACCAUCAUUUCCACUCCGGCAGCCUCGCUUCUCCAACUCGCAGCUAUCUCCAUCACCAGGUCAACCCGUGGCCGCUUGGCACAUCCAUGUCCCAUUCAGACAGGGCCAAUUCCACAGAAUCUGUUCGAAAUACACCUAGCACAGACACCAUGCCGGCUUCCUCGUCUCAGACGUGUGCUGACCAUCAGGAUCCAGAAAGCACCACGGGCACUUAUCUGGCAAACGCGCAAGAGGAGGACUCGGCUCAGAACCUCCCGACUGCGCACGUCCGUCCUUCGCACCCGCUGAAGAGCUUCGCAGUGCCGGCCGUCCCCGCAGCUGGUCCCGCGUACGAUCCCGCGCUGCCAAGCACACCGUUACUGACUCAGCAAGCUCCUAACCAUCCAGUUCACUCGGUGAAGACUGCGUCGAUCGGGACUUUGGGAAGAACUCGACCUCCUAUGCCAGUGGUGGUUCCCAGUGCCCCCGACAUGCAGGAGACUACCAGGAUGCUCGAGGACUCGGAAAGCGUAGAAUUAUGAACCGGAUGAGCUGACCAAAGAGAUGGCCCACCUGGAAGGACUUAUGAAGGACCUUAAUGCCAUCACUACAGCAUGACCGCCUUCACCAGGACAUGACUCCAAAUCCAGUUUCACAAGUCUUGGGACUCAGCCUUGGAACACAAGGAAUUGUACAGAAAAAAAAACAGAAAAAAAAAGAGAGACAGCACAUGAGAGCAUACCCAGCAAGCAAACCAACCAACCAGUGCAUUUGUGCUACAGCUGGUCAAAGAGAUGACCCUGCUUGUCAUCAUCCUGCAAUGAAGUCAUUGCCAAGUUGAAUUCUAGUUACCUGCUGAGACCAUGCAGGAUGGGACGCAUCAGGCUGAAAUCUAGCAUCCAGACAGCAGGAAGAAAAGUGGACUUGACUUUUUUUUUUCUGGUCAGGUUUUGUCUCAGUGGUGUGAUUGCCCUGCCUUUUCAGUGUUGGACAUUCGCAUUUAUGUACAAUUUUAUUUGUGUUUUUAUUUUAUCUUUUUUUUUAUAAAAAGGAAAAAAAUAUUGUAAUCAAAAAAAAAGAAACUGUUGUUUUCCACAGCCUAGGCUGAUGUUUGACUGCUUGUUCUAUUGUGUAUGAAAAUUCAUUGCCAGUGUGGGUUGUUCUGUUUUGUUUUUUAUUCUGCGUAUAAUUAUGUCCCCUUCUGGCAGUUAAUCCAUGGCCUUUUGGGAUGCUGCACUGCUAUUUGUAAGCUUUUUUAUUAUUUUUAUAUUAUAAUUAUUAAAAGCCUGACUUUCUCCUCUCAUCACUGUGAGAUUACCAGUCUGUUUGAAUUGAAAUGUAAUUUGAAAGGCUUGUUUGUCGCUUUUUGUGCAGUUUCAAUAUUUUGAGUGGGGAAAAGUAGAUGGGGAAGGGGAGGGGAGCCAGGGGAAGGUUUCAUUAUUGUUGUUUUCUUGUCUUUCUAUACUGACUUGAAAGACUGAAGAAAAUGAGAGCAUCUUCUGUAACGUCUUUCCUUGUAACUUCAGCAUACUGUGUCUCUGGUUACUGAAUUGCAGUGAGAGUCUCAUUUAGAAACUUUUUUUAAAAAAUUCCUUCUGUAAAGUAGGGUUCCUUAUGUUUAGAUGACACUACAGCUUAUUUUGGCAACAGUGCUCCAUUUUGUUGUUGUUAGUUUAAAGAUCGCAUCAUGAAACUUUAAGGUGCAAGCUGAGCGCUCGUUCAGCAUGGAGAGCGAACUUAGCGCGGGCAGCAGUGCGCAGCGCAGCACAGCACAGCACUUCUCUGCCGGCGGGGCCGGGGUCUCGCCUCCCCGCAGCGCCUGGAAGCAGAGAGCUGUGGACCCUUGUACUCAGCAGCAUAUCAUGCCCUGCCUUUGAACACACAGCCCGGCCACAGGAUCCUUCAGCAGCAAGACCGACCCCGGUGCAAUUUCUCUCUCCCAGGCCAUUUAAACAGUGCUUUGAGAUGAGUCCUUGUCAGCGCAAGGGCUCUCGGGAGACAUAAGCAAGGCAAAAUGUAUUUUUUUACACUUUUGAAACCUUUUGAAAGAAAACAGUAUUAGUGACUCAGGUGCUGUUCUAGGAAGGAAGGAAAGUUAAAAGGGAACUCCUGCACAAGGGGGAGGGAAAAUGUUUUUUUUAUUUUCUCCUUGUGUGAUAGCUUGGCUCUGCCAUCCUCUGUGAUGAGGAAUGGCAUAAAAGGAAGAACUGUAUUUUAGUAGAAAAAAAAAGAAAAAAUAAAACCCAGCUGCCCAAGAAACUCAUGUGCACAUUUUCAUUUUUAAGAUGAAAGGAAACCCAAAACUUACUGAUGCUUUCAUAUGGAGAAUCUGUUCCUCCCGAGUGAGUGGAUAUAUGAUCUUGAAAGCUCAGCAUUAAGGAUGGAGGAAGCGCAGCCAACAGGCGUUGCAGAUGCAGAACGCUUCUGCCAUAGUCCCCAGCUCCUCUGCUCGAUGGCUGCGCCUGUUGGGACAUUAACAGGAAAUAUUAGAAUGUGUUUAGAUUAAAAAAAAACAAACAAAAAAACAAAAAACACACUCGAUAGUCAAAUGGAUAAAAGAAGGGGAAAAAAAAAAAAAGCUAAAGCUGAACUCUGGGCCAGUUUUCUUAGACCCUGUCGCUAAGGCAAAGGAGAGCCAGUGAAUUGUCCCGCACAGCAAUAGGUAUUUGGGUUGUAGUUUUACUUUCUUUCUUUUCCUGGACUCUUUGUGUUGCCAUUUCUAGCAAACUUGCUGGGUUUAUUUAUUAUUUGAGGGAGGGGAGGGACUCGAUUAAUUGGAGCACCAUGGGCCACCUAAAAAAAUUCAUGUUUGGACUUUUAAUUGAUACAAUUCAGGGCAAAAUAAGCUACAGAAUAUGUAUUUAAAUAAUAAAGUACACACCCUGUCCUGAAAGGAAGGGUAUAUGUUUUCCUUUGCCUAUUUUUUACCUAUACCCAAAGAAAUACCAUCAUACAUACACAGUAUUCUUAGCUGGUGGGUCUUUGUGAAUAUUACUUAUGUAUAACACCAUGAAUGUUAAUAUUGUCAUUGAAUUUGGGGAGGGGAAUAUUUUUAAUGAUAAAACAACUGUUCAAAGUUGGUUUUUUAAGGUUAAACUGAAGAAAACAUUUAUUCAAUUCAGUGUACAAUCUGUAUUGCACUUUUUCACAUUUUAAUGCUACGUUUUCUUACAUAUCCUGUGAUUUUAAAUUUGGAACAUUGUGUAUCCUUGUAGUGUCAUAGUCAAGCUGUUAAGUGGCAGCUUCCCUCAGAGCUAUUUGGGGAAAAAAAGCAAACCUGUAUAUUGUUUUAUGAUUCUCAUGUAGGAUGAUUUUGAGGACUGCUGUAGACGUCUACCUUUCUGUACAAUUUUUUUGCUUUUCUGUAGUAUUGCUGUAUACUCUAUGGCUUUUUUUAAUAACUUCAUGUUUAUUAUUUUGUAUUGGACAUCCAAUACACUUUUUUUAAUCCAAUCAAA